AUCACUGCCAAAAGAAUCUUCCAGCCCUGACCUGGCUUGCCACAGAGUCAUUCCAUCAGGGAUUCAACGGGCACUUUGUUUGCUUAUGAUUGUGUUACCUUCAGUUGGUCCUUCUGGGAUUAGGAUGACAAUUUUUACAAGAUUUUAAAGCAAGAUUAUCAAGUCUGGCUACUCUAAGUCUUUCAUUAAGUAAUUAUUAAGACCUGGCAAUAGCCUCCUGUUUUAUAUAGGCUCUGGAGAUAAUCAUCUUUGUCAAGAGAAGUUGGAGCAGCAAAAACCACUGGAAAUUGGAAUCCAUGAUGCGGCGGCUCUAUUGGCAUGUGCCUGCAAAGUUGAGCCUUGGAUUUCUGUGUCUCUUUCUGGUUUGGAACAUAGCUUCAUGCAUAAGAAGAGAAAACUUCAUGCAUAAGAGAGAGAAGCAAGCAGCAGUUCUGGCUACUGCAGAGUUGCCUGCAAAGUCCGUGGAUCUGGCUGCUGUUAACCUGACUGAGCUGGUGAAUGGGAUGCUGAGCACAACACUCAGAGGUACCAAAAAGCUCUUCUCUUUGCUGAGUGUCACGUCCCACAGCUCAUUUGCCUUCCACAAAGUGUCAGUCACCAUUUAUAACAUUUCUAGCUUGAAAAACGUUGACCCUGGCAAGUUCCCUAUGCAUUACUGCUACUGUUUAAACAACGUGACAAAUGACUUAACAGAUUUCACUGCUUUACUUGUUGAUAUUAUUGGAAACUCAACCAGUUAUCUCACAGAAAUUUUCAAAUCUACUUCUAUUCUCUCAGUGCGUCAGAGCAAUGAUUCAGACUGUAUCUACAUCUGUGUGAUGACAGGUCAAACAGGGAGAAAUCUGUCUGACUUUUGGGAAAUAGUAGAGAAAUCUCCUGUUAUUAAUUACACCUUUUCCAGUAAUACAUCUUCUGACCUGGAUCUAGAUUCUGUUUUUUCAAGUUUCAUGAAAUCACAGGAAGACUCAAACAAAACUGUGGAUCCAUCAGCAGAACAUCCACGGACAUUUAAAAGUACCAGCACUCCUCUUGCCCUGAAAGGAGAGGACAGUCCCAACACGUGGCCCCCACCAUGGACAAAGAUGGUUAGUACAAAGGCAUCAGGGUUUCCAUCACUGCAUGUAGACACUUCAAGACCACAAGGCACAGCUGGAGUCCUUCCUGCUUCUGAGGGGACCUUAGUCACAUCACCAGCCUUGCAGCCCAGCCCUGCUGAUGUGAACAUGCUUUGGGUGCAGACUGUGCCUCCUCAAGACACCAACAGUCAGAUACAAACAGAGCAAGAUUUGCCUUCUUCAGUUCUGUCUACUCCACCCUACCGACCUGGCCUGAUACUGAAACUUCAUUCGGCUGCUCGUAAGUGACUGCACGUCAUGCAGCAAAAAUAGUAGCCUGAGUGUUCACCAGUAUGCAAUUUUUCAUCCAGAAAAAAAUGUGCAUCUUUAAUAUAUAUUAUAGUACAUUUUAUACAUGUAAAACAUCCCAAAGACCAAAGAGAUUGCUUCCAUAUUUCUGAAUCCUGCAUAAUUUCGCACUGAACAAAUUCUGCUAUGCUGACGGAGUUAACUUGCAUAUUCUGUAUGUUCUCCAUUUUAACAUGGAGGGGCUACUGAAGAAUCAUAAAAUUCAUUUGUUCCAAAAGAAAUGGGCAAGCUUCAAAUUUACUUGUUGGUAGAAAUAAAAUGAUUAAGUCAAUCCUCGUCAUAUGAAAUAUACAGAAUUUCCCUGAGUUUUCAAUGGUGAAAACUCCCUCUUGGACUAACGAGGGAUCAUUAUUAGCUCAAUUUUCAGGAGAGUUCAGUUCUUCCAUUUAUAUGCCUAAUCAAUUAGAAUAUGAGAGCUUAAAGUAGUACACGUAUGAUAAUGUGCCACUCCAUUUAUAAAUAUAGUCUAGUCAUGUGAUCAGUAAAAUUAUAUUUCUGUAAGUAUUUAAAAAGAGGUUACAUCUUUUCAAAAUCAGGACUUGAUCCAAAGUCAGAGAGGGUGUCUGCACUCUGGGAGAGCCCUCCCUGAUUUUGGUUGCUGAGCAUGUGAGUCUAAGUCCAACCUAUCCACUUACACAUUGCAUCCUGCAGACUUCCAGGGCCGCUGGCAUCCCCUCCUCCCAGUGAUCACACUGGAAACCAAAUCAUGUGGCAUUGGUUGCGUGAAGAAAAUGAACCAACAUG